AACGAUAAAUACAAGUCUAGAGCCACCCCCAAAGACUCUUCAUGAGUCUUCAGAAUCUCCACCACAAAACCUCCCCUCCAGAGCAGAAGAAAGUACAGAGAAAAGCCAUGGUUUUAGCCUCCCAAAGCGAUCAGCUACCAUUCAAUGAGAAUGAUCCACAAGACAUGGUAAUAUAUCAAGUCCUCAAUGAAGGCUUGGCUACCAACAGCUCCUUGGUACCCCAAAGGCACCAAACCAAUGCCUCCAGCAGCCUCGAACCCAACCGGACCAUCGGCAAGAAGCACUACCGAGGCGUGCGGCGUCGGCCAUGGGGGAAAUACGCCGCCGAGAUUCGCGACUCGGCUAGACACGGCGCGCGGAUAUGGCUCGGCACCUUCAGCACCGCCGAGGAAGCCGCCUUGGCUUAUGACCGGGCAGCGUUUCGGAUGCGCGGGGCCAAAGCCCUCCUUAACUUCCCUGCGGAAGUGGUGGCUGCAUCAGCCUUGCAAAGAUUUCAUCCAAGUUCAAUCUCAAUUAAGCAGGAGUCAGCAGAUUCUUCAAGUGGAAGCUCUAGCACACAUUCCUUUGGGACUUCUUCUUCAAGAUUAGAAGCUGAAAGUAGCUGUAGCCCCCUCACCGUGGGAGAGGCUCCAGACAAAUUGUCAUAGGUUUUCCAAAAAUAGAAACAACUUGACAUGAUCAAAUUCCAUGUUUCAUAUAAUACAAGGAUAUAGAUAGAUGUUUGAAGGUUUUUGAUUUUCUUUUGGUCUCUCAUGACGGGUCCCUAGCUUCUUGUGUAUAUAAGAGGUCUAGUCACGAAUGUACUGAAGAAAAAGUAUCUUAUUGUCUGUUUUGUGUUGUAAUAAGAAGGCCUUGAGGCCAUAGAAAUGCAAGCUGAUGGUGGAAGAAAUUA